AAAUAUGUGCAAGGGUGUGUUGUGUAAAUGUGUGUUUGUGUGUGUGACACAGAGAGAGAGAGAGAAGUGCGAUCAUUACUGCAUGGGUCAAGAUGCCGGAGGGCAAUUCUUUAAAGGGAACGGCUUUCGGCUAACUCCCGACAGAAGACUGAAGACCAGCAAUCUGAGUUUCUGUCAUCUCAGUUUAACACCCACAGAGAUUUAGGACUGUUUUUUUUUUGUUGGUUUGUUUCAUGGAUGGACGAAAAUCCUAAGAAGACUUUCUUCUUCUGAUUUUUGGACCCAGAGCUUUAUAACGCUAUUGGACGGACUGUGAACUGUGGUAAAGGACUGUAGGAUGGAAGGGGGUCCGGCCGGCUGCCCGCAGGUCUUUGUGGUGGACAGUCAGGCUCCAGUGACCCUGAUGCCCAGUGUUGUAAAACGUGACUUCAGAAAAAAGAAGGAGUAUUUACUGUACCUGCUGGUGGGCCUGGCACUGCUGGGGGUCAUCAUAGAGGCGGGAUUCAUCUACCACCUGUACAAGCCACCUGUUGCAGCACAGAUCCCUAGCCCAGAAAAAAUGAUUGGACACAUGAAGUCUCCGGAGUCGAAUGAAAUCCAUCCGGUCCAGGAUAAGAAGCUUGAUUACAACAAACCAGCUGCAUUCGUGCAGGGUGGUUUAAGAAAGAACGUGGAUGAGAAUGGCGUGAUGCAGUGGCAGACGGAGGGCUUGGGGUCUUUUCUUCAUCAGGUUGGGUAUGAGGACGGCCGGCUGCUGAUUCAGACGGAGGGGUUUUACUACAUCCACUCUAAAGUCUACUUCUCCGACUCCUGCUCGACCUUCAGACACCAGGUCAUGUGGAAAACAACGCGCUACAGAGAGGACACCAAACUCAUGCAGGCCCUCAGGUAUAGCUGUGUGGAGGGGGAGCCGUCGGGGGAGAAAAGUGCAGACGUGGGGAACAGCUUCCUGGGUGGAGUUUUCAGGCUGUAUAAAAGUGACAGUGUUUACGUUAAGGUGAACGAGAGUAGUUUGGUACGAGCUGGAGUUCAGGAUAACUUUUUUGGCGUCUUUAUGAUUUAGGUACAUUUAGAAAUAUACAAUAUACCACAUUAGUUAUUAUUUUUAUAAUGUAUCUUGUGUUUCUUAAAUCAUAUAUAUUUUUUAUUGUAUUGUAAAUUAUUUUGACGGUUUUAUUGUUGUUUUAAAAAAACUGUAUAUCUUUACCGCACUGGUUUACUCGAGUUUUGAGAGCACUUUAGCUCUAAAACCUGUUUUUAAAAUAUAAUAUAAUUAAAACAGAAGAAUAAUACAGGCUGCAGGGUGUUGUGCUGCAAAACUCCAUUAAGUUAUACCAAUCUGCUGCAUUUUUGUAAAACAUGCAUACCUGCUUUAUUUCUUGAAAUAAGAUGUUUUACGUUUUAUUUAUAAUUAUGUUUUAUAGUAUAAAAUAUACAAUUAUAUCUUGACAUUUGCAAAAUUACUUGAAUUGUGUCUUGAAAUAUGCAAAAAAAAUGUGCAUAAUUACCUGAAAUUAGGGUAUAAUUAUGUGUUUUAGGCCUCAAAUUGUUUGUACACAGUUUUGAGAAGAAAUUCCACUCUAAAUCAUUCAAUCUCAAAUCACAGAAAUGAAGAAAUCUGAUUUCUCACUUUUAAAGCACUUCCCCUUUAAAAGUACGCUUUGUACCCAUAGCCUUCUCAACAGAAAGUUCUUCUAAACUCAGGUAUAAGUUAUAAUUAAUAUAUAUUUUGCAGCACUUUCUGUUUAGUUUAUAAAAACGUGUUUUAAAAUGUUUUUCAUUGAUUUUAAGGUACAGAGAAUAAUGUAUAUUCUGUAUGGAAAUGUUUCUGUAUGCUGUAUUGCUGUUUUUGUAAUGAAAUGUUUAUUAAAUAUAUUAACAUGUAAUAAUUAUGAAUAAAUUAUUGUCUAUUUUAGCAUGUGAA